AAGCGGGAUUUACAAUUCUUGACGGAAGAAUGCGAAUCUACCUUUCAAAUUGAAAACCAUAAUUCAGAUAUCACUUCACAAAAGAAUACUAACAUUUCUCAAUCACCCGUUUCAAUUAUUGAAACCCACCCCGAUGAAGAAAACAGCACAGGCUCUAUAGAUCCAAAACAGGUACAAAGCGCUGUUUCUUCCGAAUCAGGUCUCGACAAUACCUCUAAACAGUCUGCGCAAAAUGUGCCCGAAAAAUAUAUUAAGGAUUCAAGUUUAGUGACCGAAAUUGUGCAAGGUUUGUUACAAGGAUUUUUAGUAAAUUCUAUAGAAGAUAAUAUCGAAUUUAUUAACAGCGAACCCUCAGAUUCUCCACCCGGUGCAGUCGAGCUUGCUCAUUUGUUGUAUCAAGCAU